UGUAUAGUAUGUGGUUCCUGUUGUGUGAGGUUCAGCCGGUGAGUGUGACAACCUGUGUGGUGUCUUAACGUGGCGAGGAGGAGUUCACACAGAAAGAGAAACAUGGACAUUAAACACCUGUAAUAUCUAAAAAACCCGGAGUCCGACUUGAACCAUGAAACUCGCCACUGUGGCCUUUUACGGGUUAGCUCUGGGGCUGCUGGCGGUCGGCCUGCGAGAGCUGCUGACUGGCUGCGAGGAGAACAGAUGCAGUAUGACCUACAUGUUUGAAUACCCAGAGUACCGGCGGGUGGCUCUGCCUCGUCGUGUGGCCAGACUGUACCCAGCGUACGGGCUCUACCUGUAUGGAGAGGGUCUGUACGCCCAGGAGACCCGAGCGCUCAAACUCACCGGUGCCCCUGUGCUCUUCCUGCCUGGAAAUGCAGGUAGCUACAAACAAGCUCGCUCCCUGGGCUCCGUGGCCUUGAGGAAGGCUGAGAACAUGGAAGGAGGUCUCCACUUCAACGUGUUCACCGUGGACUUCAACGAGGAGCUGGUGGCCCUUUACGGCGGCAGUUUGCUCAGGCAGACACACUUCCUGCACGAAAGCAUCAAGGCUAUCCUGAGGCUCUACAAGCACCUGAAGACCCCCCCUCAGAGUGUGGUGCUUGUUGGUCACUCCAUGGGAGGAGUGGUGGCCCGGGCGCUGUUCACGUUGCCCCGCUUCAACACCAAUCUGGUCAGCCUCAUCAUUACCCAGGCCUCCCCCCACCUGGCUCCAGUGCUGGCCAUGGACCCGUACCUGCUGGAUUUCUACUCUGCAGUGAGACAGAAGUGGGUGAACCAUGCGAAAAAGCUCAGGAACGUCACAGUUCUGUCUGUUGGAGGUGGUUACCGUGACUACCAGGUCCGAUCCGGCCUGAUAUCCCUACCUUGUCCCCCAGGAGAUCCAAAUAAGUUGUCAUUGGUGGCAACUGCAGUUCCCAGGACUUGGGUGUCCACUGACCAUCUGUCCAUCGUUUGGUGCAAAGAGCUUGUUCUUGCUACUGUCAGGGCGUUCUUUGACCUCAUCGAUCCUGAAACCAGACAGUUCACAGUAAACCCAGAGAAGAAAUUGGCUGUACUAAACCACCACUUCAUCAGACACCCUGUCAGGAUGUUGGAAGAAACUCAAGACAGCUCUGUCUCUAUCUCAGAUGUUCCUGAAGCAUGGAGUGAAGUUAACACACUGCGCCUGGCUUACAGCACACCUAAGGAAGGACAGGUGAAAUACUUCCAGUUUGCCCUGUCGAGUCGCAGGACAGCCUACAGCCAUUUCUACUGCCGGAGCAACAACCUGGAGAUGACUAGCUGGGUGUACGGCUGCGUGCACAAGAGCGGUUCUUCAUGUGUGAAUCCAGUGGAUCUGUCCAUGGCAACUGAGCUUCUGCCACCCUACAAGGUCCUGAUUCUGAGACUCAGUGACUUGUCUUCAGUUACUCAUCUGGUUGUGUCGGCCUCCAACCUCAAUGGCAAACAGUUCACGGUGGAGUGCGAGUGGCAGAGACAAGAAUCUCAGACUCUGUCUGUCCCAGUGCCACAUGUCCUGUCCUUCGGUUUGAUUGCUAGCGAUGUUUCAGUCAACUCCUCUGGACUUCUUCACACCAUCAGGCUCCAACACUUCCACCAGGUCUACCAGGCUUUCAGAAUUAAUGUUGCAAGCCAGUGCAAAGUACAAAAAGAUAGACUGCCUAACGUAUACAGAAUAAAUGUACCGUGGUUUCGAGAGGACUCUUUAACCACAGUCAGUGUGCCAUCAGUGACGGAGAUCUCAGGGAUGCUCCACACAAGUCGUCCAGACAAUACCUCAGGUGUCCUCCUUCAGCUCCACACUGCCCCCAACUGCCAAUAUAAGGUGUCUGUAAGGACUUCAUUACCCAGGGUGCUGGGACAGAUACUGAGGUUCUGUGGUCCCAUGGUGCCGGUGUACACAGCUGUAACCCUCCUCCUGGCCUGUGGGGGGCAGCUGUCCUCCAUCCUGCAGUCAAAGCGAGCUGCAGACAUGAGCCAGGUGGUGGGCAAAGGCCUGCAGCCUCAUAAAGUCAAUCUGCCCGUUUAUAUCCUGCACAUCUUACUUGGCUGUAGCUGGUUUCAAGAGGUCUGGUCAAUUCUUUACCUCCCCCCUAUGGAUACCCUCCCCACAGCCAUCCCUGAUGCAACAUUUCGUGAGGGUGUGAUACCAGUUGACGAAUGGCCCCACCUCCUGUCCCCUCUGCUUUACAUCUUGGGGGCAACAGUGGCAUACUGGGGCAGCGCGCUGCUCCGUCUCCUUAUGAGACUGGUCUCACUAAUAUUAGCUCCACUCCACAGACCAUCUGUCUCUAGAGACUGUGGCACCCUGCCACUGCGGACCCAGCUCUCCAUCACUCUGUGUCUGACUGUUAUCGGUUGGAUGUCCUGUGGGGCGUUGUCAGUCAUUGCUGCCUUUCUGCUCCACCUUUACAGGGUACUGAGGCUACAGAUGACAGAAAGAUCUUUGAGUCACAUGUUGAAUCUGGCACCCCGGAAGCACAAAGAAGCUGAAAACGGCACAGUCGAUGCCGAAUCCCUGAGCAAGUCUAAAGAAUGUAAUGGCGUCCCCCUGCUGACCGAGUGUGCUCUCCAGGAGGUGAGGGAUGACUUGCAGCUCCACCUCUGCCUUUCGGCGCUCUUCACGCUACCCGUCAUGCUCAUCGCACCUUCAUUCAUCCACUGGACCCGCAACCUGAGGUAUUCCACCCAGUUGGAUCCUGACCCUUGUUGGCCACUCAUUGUGCCUCUCAUUAUUGUGUACAUGCUGCUUAUUAACGGCAACACUUUAAAACUCAGCAACAGUAAACUCCUGCCUCUGACGUCCUGGCUCCCUCUCCCCUUGUCCAUCGCCAUGGUGACCUUCUCUCCACUCCACCUCUACAGAGUCACCUACUUCCUGUUGGCGGCGCUCGUCCCUCUGGCCUCGUGUUGUCUGCUCUGACGGUAUCUGUCUGGUUUCAGUCCACAUCUCUACCAUAACAAGCCUUUCUCUAAAUUACAGCCUGACACACCGAAGCUGCUCGAGACCGAUUUGCUCCAGGAAGACUCUACUCUAUCUCGCUGCCAUGGAGCAGAGCCAUAGACAUACAUAGCUUGGGGAACUGUCUGCUCAAUGUUAGCACUAAAAGCUCCAUGGCAAUUACACUAAGUUUUAGAAAUGAGAGGAUGUAAUGGCCCUGGAACAUUUGGUGUGAAUAUGGCUCCGAAGGAUUGACCUGAAACCAAGUUUGCCUUACUCUGUAUAUCUAUAGCUCUGCCUUCAAGGAGCAACUACUCCACAACCAGUGAAGCUACUGAUACUAGAGAUUCUCAACAGGGUGUUACUGUUAAAAUGUCUUCUUUUAGUUUUUACUGUUUCUAGUGUCUACAGUGGCAUUGUUCACUGCGGUCACUACGCUGUAAACUCCUUCACUGCCUACUGCUUAGCGAUGACCUAUAGUUGUGUGUUAUCUCGUCGUAGCACUGCCACACAACCAGUGGCGGUGUCGCACAUUCAUUCCAUAAGAAAAGUCCAAAGUAAUCAUGUUUACAUUCUCCCAUAUUCACCUUUUGAUACACAACAAUGACAAUGGCAGCAAACUGAAGGUUCACACUGGAAAAGGCUUUAGUGCAUGUGCAGGUUCUUAUCAGACUCACAUUUUUCAGAAGUAGAAAAUUCUCUAAAAUACAGCGGUUUAGCCAAACAUCUGUUAUAGGUGUGGCCAGGUUGUGAGCUGUAUUGAUUUUGGGGUGGCACAUACAUCUGUAUCUUGUUUAGUCUUUUUUUCCUGCGCGGCGCUUCGCCUUCGGGUAGGGCUGUACCGAAUAGUUUGAAGCUUUAACGCAACAUUCAAAUUCUAAAUCAACAUUCCACUGCUGCGCAGCUUCUUUUUUUUUUUUUUUUUUGCAUGUCUAUUCAUUUUUUAAAUUUUUUUUAAUUUAACCUUUAUUUAACCAGGAGAGUACAAUUUGAGAUUCUCUUUUUUUCAAGGGCGAAAUGGCCAAGACAAAAAGAAACACAUAUUUGCAGACAGAAAACACAAUUGGAGACAAAUAGAUAAAUAAACAAAGAUUAGGCUGCACUUAGAUCAGGCUACACUAAUAUUAUUAGUAUUAUACUAUCUGUAGAAUUAGAUUCCGGUGGUGGCUGUGUAAGAUUGUUUCUGACUUGGUGUGUGAUCUAAACAUUUCUAAUAAUUCCAGAGCGUUGUAAAAUCCAAAAGUCAAACUUUAUUGAAAAAAGAUAGAUGUAAUCAUUUCCAAAAUUCCUAACAUAACAACGAAAUAUUCCACUUCAAUCCAUAUUUGUUGGUGUUUAGCCUUUAAAUAUGACGACAGAAAUUCAAAGCUUCAUUUGAAAACCUCAACAGAAGCUUUGAAUGUAAAAAAGAGACAUUUGGUACAGCCCUAUCUUCGGGUCACGCACUCUUUCGUUCACUCACUUAGGCAACAGCGACUGUUAAAUGAGCACCAGGUUAGGAGAUUAUCUAAAAUAAGCACCUAAUAGUCUUCUGGACAGAAAUAAUAGUGAUUUAUUUUCCUACUUGAAUGAAAUAAGGGAAAACUAGGGACAACUACAAAUAGGAAAAAUGUAUCUCCAUUUAAACUAAUCAAACUGCAUGUACAUUAUAUACAUACAGUAUUUACCCUUUGACUUUUUUUUGUGAUUUAUUGUUUACAACAUUAAAUUACAGUGGAUGUAAUGGAGCUGAUCAACAGGAAAAGACUAUUUGAUGUCAAAGUAAAAACAAUAUCUACAAUUAAUUCUGAAUUGACUACAAAAACAAAACAAAAUAUUUGAUUGCCAAAGUAUUGAUCGCCAUUAAGUCAAUAUAUAGUGGCAGCAGUUACAGAGUCUAUGAACGGGUUUACAUGCACACUAGUGUCCUCAUGUCCAUGUUACAGUCAGGUUUUUGGAGUGUGUUAUGUAUUUUUCUCACAUGAUAUGCAGGUUUACAAAAUCUGAAUAAAUAUGUAGAAAGUUUAAUUUAUAGUAUUUUUCUGUUGAUCAAUAUAUAAAAUCCCAGUUACCUCCGCUGUGAAUCAGUGUUGUAAAACAAUGAUGCAUGGAGAAAGUUCAAAGAGAGGCGAAUACUUCAUUAGCAUCGCCGUAGAGCUUGAUCCAGCGACCUCCGUGUCAAAAGCCUACUCCAGUCUGCCUUAAUGUGCCAAAUUGGCAGUAAUGCACAGGUGACUAGUUAAAUGCAAUUACACCAAAAAUGAAUGAGGUGAUUGGUAGAUAAAUAUGCUAAACAGAGACAUUAGCAUCUAGGGAUGGGACAAAUCAUAAAUAUUCAGAGUUUUUUUUAUGUUAUGGACACACAGUCACAUGGUAAAACCACAGAGGUUCCUAAUGACCAGAAUCAUAAUGUGCUCGCUGGUAUUUUGAUACAACGCAGCAGAAGCUGUACGUUGUUCGUGGUUGAAGCUAGCAAAGUUUAAAAAGCAGAUUACUUACUUUCUCUAAGCCUCGGAUUUAUGUUCAGUGGAGGAUUAUGGGAUGUCUGUUCAGUAUUUCAGAUGAUACACAUGUACAGUAUGAUUGGAGCUUCAAACAGCAACUUCAAGCUUUUAACUGAAAAUGUUUAAACUCCAUAUUAUGAUUAGAAUUGUCUUUGCUUUGCUGCGGUAUCGGGGUUAAUAAGAGAAGUGUCUUGUAUUUGGUAUUAUGGUUACGGUUAAUUAAGGAACGAAUAAGUAUCCUGAUGGCAGGUGUACAGGUCGAUAUUUAGGACUAAGGAAGGUUAACACCGCCUUUUUUUUCUUACUUUUUUGUUUUAAUACCUUUUCAUCUAAAACGGAUCACAAAACUACUGGUGUCCUUCUGCAAGUCUUAAAGUUACAACAAACAUCUUUUUUUAUUAUUUUUAUUUUUUAUAUGUAAGAACACUUGGAGCUCUUGUGGUUCCAGAUUAUAACCUUUUUAAGAGCAAUUUAGAAGACGAGGCUGGAGUUGCUCUAUAUUUUUCUCACUGUCAACAAAAGCCAAAAAUGUGUUAUUUCGUCUCAAUACCCGGCUUCAAGCCCGUUGCAUCGUAAAUCUUUAAAAAACUCCGCACCAACAUAUUGUUUCAUUUUAUUAAAAAGGCUCCGCAAUCUCCUAAAA